UGGCAUUUUGCAUUUCUGCAACACCCGGCGGACGGUGUUUGAUCAUGAGUGUGUUGCGUGAACAACUAAAAUAGAUUCGUAUUAUUUUCUGUUGUUGUGACGUAAUAUCAAGGCAAACGAACUUUACACCGAUUUUAAGUGUAUUAAUAUUUUCUAUCGAAAUCCAAGGAUUAUUGUGUAGUGAAAAAAAUCACUGUAAUGUUUAAUUUUUUGUCCAAUUCCUUGAUUACGCAGGCCAGCUGUCAAGAGGUGGGGGGCUGGGUAUUUGAAAAGAGCUGAUUCAGAUCGUCUUCGAGAGAUUUUCUUGAAAUAUGCCAGUGUAGAUAAAAAUGGUGAAAAAUAUAUCACCAGUGAAGAUUUUGUCAGAAAAUUCCUUGGACUCUUCAAUGAAGAUGACUACAACAAAGAGUCAGUCCAGCUCAUUGCUGGCAUUGUGGAUAUGGACAAGGAUGGCUUUAUAUCAUUCUCGGAGUUCCAGGCCUUUGAGGGACUAUUGUGUGUUCCCGAUGCACUGUACAAAACUGCCUUCCAACUUUUUGAUACUAAUGGAAAUGGCCUCGUUACAUUUGAGGAGUUUGCUGAUGUCAUGAAAAAGACUGCGUUGUACAAGAAAUUACCAUUCAAUAUGGAGAGCACUUUCGUACGCCUAUACUUUGGAAAGGACAAGAAGCGCCUAGUGACAUACCCUGAGUUCAGUCAGUUCCUUCACGACUUCCACGAGGAGUAUGGCGUGGAAGCGUUCAAGAAACGCGACAUCAAUGGCAGCGGAUUCAUCAGUGCUGGAGACUUCAAGGAUAUCAUGCUCUCGGUUAAGAACCACCUUCUCACCAAGGAGAUGAAAACUAAGGUUAUUGAGGCGUCAGGCUUCCCUCAAGGCGAGAGGAAAAUCAGUUUUCCAUAUUACAUGGCGUUCAAUUCCCUUCUUAACAACAUGGAGCUGAUCAAACGAGUAUACUUGAACGCAACGAACGGACAUCGAACUCAGGAAGUUACGAAGGAGGAGUUUCUUCAUUCAGCACAAAUGAUGAGCCAGAUCACGCCUCUAGAAGUAGAUAUAUUGUUCACCUUGUGUGACCUGAUACAUAAAAGCAAUGGCCCUACGACAGUAUCAACAUCGCUGGUGCAGGAAACAAAUGCAACGAGACAUUCAGGACGCAUAGUGUACAACGACUUAAACACGAUAACCCCAGAGCAGUACUUCAAGCAAGUGACAAGGCGUGUUGCGGAGAUCAAGGCUGUAUCGAGCCCCGAAGAAAGAAGUGUACUAAUUCAAAUAUUGGAGAGCACCUACAGAUUCACACUCGGUUCAUUUGCUGGUGCUUUGGGAGCAACAGCAGUCUACCCAAUAGAUCUUGUGAAGACUCGUAUGCAGAACCAACGCACGGGUUCGUUCAUUGGGGAAGUGGCGUAUCGUAACUCCUGGGAUUGCUUCAAGAAGGUCAUCAGGCACGAAGGUGUCUUUGGACUGUAUCGAGGUCUGGUUCCGCAGCUUAUCGGGGUCGCUCCAGAGAAAGCUAUAAAGUUGACUGUAAAUGACUUAGUUCGAGACAAAUGUAUGGAUAAGAAUGGCAACCUAACAUUGUACGCUGAAAUUAUUGCCGGAGCUUGUGCUGGUGGUUCGCAAGUAGUGUUCACAAAUCCCUUAGAAAUCGUAAAAAUUCGUCUACAAGUAGCGGGUGAAAUCGCCGGUGGCAGCAAAGUACGGGCUUGGAGUGUUGUGAAAGACCUCGGUCUUUUUGGCCUCUACAAAGGCGCCAAAGCCUGCCUGCUCCGUGACGUACCCUUCAGCGCUAUCUACUUCCCUGCGUAUGCGCAUUGCAAGGCUCAUUUCGCUGAUGAGAACGGCUACAACCACCCGUUGACGCUGCUCGCGGCGGGUGCUCUUGCGGGCGUGCCCGCUGCCUCGCUCGUCACGCCCGCUGACGUCAUCAAGACACGACUACAGGUUGUAGCUCGAUCGGGUCAGACGACGUAUAACGGAGUUAUAGAUGCAACAAGGAAGAUAUGGGCUGAAGAAGGUGCAAGAGCUUUCUGGAAGGGCGCAGUGGCGCGUGUGUUCCGUUCGUCGCCUCAGUUCGCCGUCACGUUGGUCACGUAUGAAAUAUUACAGCGUCUCUUCUAUGUCGACUUUGGUGGAAGUCGACCAGCCGGUUCUGAGCUAACAGUGGCCACUCCAGUGGAAGAAGCGACGAAGAAGCCGCACCACAUCGGAGGUUAUCAAGUAGCAACGCCUAUUCUCACCGGCCUAGAGACUAAAUUCGGAAUCUCAUUGCCGAGAUUCUCCUACCCCAAGGCGCAGUAAUUUCAGAUGAAGUAUUCUUAGCAGUCAAAAUACAUUGGGUCUACCAUGGCAAGUACCAAACGUUUCUUUUUUCUUGGGGGCAUAUGUUACGCGCCCCGCCACGCUAUCAGCCGUUGAAAUCCCUGGCCCAACAAUGUGGAAUAGACCUUGGCAAAGUAAGGGAUGUACUCACAUCGCCCUCUAAGCGGGGGGAGGUCGGGUGCAAUGCGACAAGUUUCAAACAGGACAACUUUCUUUAAUUGGUCCUUCGUUGUCUGGGCUGGGGAGCGUUCGAGUAUUACGUCACGCAUAUUGAUCCCCCCCCCCCCCAUAUAACGCGCUGUAACGUUUUCAAACCCAGUAACUGUUUAUACCAAAGUAUUACCAAUUUGUCGUGAAAUUACCAUAUAUAUAUAUAUAUAUAUAUAUAUUAGAAAGUCAAAAAUAAUAUAAAACAAUAACUAGCUAUUGUAAUUCAAGCCUCGUAACGUACAAGAGGUAUUGACCCCCCCCCCCCUAAAUUCUACGUGUAAUUAGUCACUGGUUGGUAACGAAACGUUUUACUAUUGGAUAUAGAAAAACAUUACGGCGCGUUACCAGGGGAAGGGGGGGUAUCAAAAUACGUGACGUAAUACUUGAACGCUCCCAAAUUAUUUAUAACACAGAUUAUUAUUAAUUUAAAGAACGGUCACGUUUUAACACACUUUCGAUAAAAAUACCUUUUUUUAUAAAAGUUGACAUUUUUUUCGUUGUAAUAAAUUGAUUUUGAUACAUUUCUAUAGUCCUUGGGGAAACAUCAAGUUUUCACGACUUAAUUAGGAUUUUAGUAAUCCCGGAUGAGGGAUAUAUUUUUCAAAUAAUUAUCUUUCUUUCCAAUUCAAUCAGUUUUGUUCCAAUGUUAUAAUGUAUUUUUUUAACUUUUUUUAAUAGUAAGUUUUUACGAAUAUCAAAACAAAAAUCGUGAUUUUAAAGAAAAAUAUAUCCUUUUAUCUUUAGUUAAUUUCGGAGUUAUUCACUGCCUGUGCGUGUGUGCGUAUCAAUUCAUUUAGCGAAUUCUCGAAUCGAUAAGUUAGCACAUUAAUGAGAGAAUUAAUUGGUUUUGAAGCAAUCGUAAGCAAUAUAUUUGUAUAACUGGGAAAGUUAAUGUAUAAUUGUAUAUUUCCCAAAGUAGCUCGCAAUCAGAAACUAUUUUUUAUAUGUGGUACUAUAGUACGGUAUUUUUUAUUUAAGCCCUGUAUGAAGCUAUAUAAUUCUCCGCUUUGAUAUUUUAUCGUUCAGUACCAAAUCAUGCGCACCUCGCAGCAUUUUGAUAUCUAAAGCCGAUAUUUUGAUAUUUCAUAUAUUAUUUGCCAUUUUUUAUAUUUCUUUUUAGCACUAAGAGUACAUCUAAAAUCGACUAUUUAUUGUUUUUUUUUAUAUUCGAUGCCGUCACUGCUUAGAUAGAGAAUUAUACGCAAUACAAUAUUUUUUUGAACGAUAUUUUGUAGUUGCUUUGUAAAGGUUUACCAUUCGUAUAUACAAUGGAAUUUUUGAGGUGUAUUCGUUUGCACGAAAGCACAAAUUGUUUUCAAGAAAUUUGGGUUUUGUAAUUAAUUGCUAUAAAUUAAACUGUUUCACGAUAUUGUGCUUUAGUGUGACGAUGAAAUAUCGAGUCUGUAUGGACAAUAUCAGAAGCGAAUUAAAAUGUGGUACAAAAUUACCUAAAGCAGUAUAAAGACGAGAUUAUUCUGUAGUUAGACUUAUUUAAUACUUAUUAAAUGUUAUAGCUUGGGUGCAUCCAUAGAUAUGCAGUCGAUCUGAUAUAGAUAAGAAAAAAAUAUUUUAUUACCCGCACUGAAUUUUACAGAAAUAAUUAUCCUGUCUUAGAUUUAAAUUAAAGAAAAGAAAUGGGAUGGAAUUGUUAUUGCGUUGUAUAACGAAUUCGAAAGAAAUUUAUUGGAGGGCAAGCCAACUUAUUUUCCAUAAUAUCCAUCUUAGUCGGGAUCACUAUAAUUGUAUUUAGAAGUUUAUACCGAAAUAACAACGUUAUUCAUAAUAAUUCGAAAAAAGAAUGUUUAGACACUUGAAAAUAUAGCAAUAGACUAUAUAGUGUGACGUCAUGUUACACCGACAAUUUAAAAUUAAAUACCAAUAAUUUCUCGCCAUCUUAACACUUUCAUAGUCUAGCACUAUUUUUUUAAUAAUACGAAAUUAUGUACAGCAAUAAAAUCCUAUUGAUUAUUUUAUUCAUUAAAAUAUUUAAUAUAAACAAAAUGUAUUUUGAAUAUAUUAAUUGGUUUAAAUGCAAUUUUGUAAUAUAACAAUUGAAGUUUGCUAGUAUUAGAGUUAAGAGCGCCAUUUGAACUUUUAAAAUAGUCUAAUUAACGGAGGCGUGGCUAGAAUUUACAUAUAGUUAAGAGUAUGAGAUACUCUUAUAAAAAUUUCCUUCACUAUGGAUGACCCGCAGUGCACAAUUUCAUUAUUAAAAUACAUUUUAAAAUAUAAGCUAUAAUGUUGUUAAACAACUUUGUAUAAAACAUAGAAUUAACGACAAGUGAUAGAAUCCGACGUGACUAGAUACUAUAUUUAUUGAAAUUGUACAUUUUUGUGUUAACAAUAAAUCAUGUCUGAAUA